ACUCUUUCCAACAGUGAUAAUAAAAUAAAAUGGUGGGAAAACAGCAGGCAAAAAAAAUAUCUCACAGACCAGUAGAGACUAGAGAGUGUUAAUUGAAGAACAGAAGUGCAGUGAGAGGCUAAAGAGAGACUAAACAUGGAAAGAGGGUUGGAAACCAGAGAAACUAUGAGCACGAAAGAGGAAGUAGAAGAAGAUAAGGAAGAAGAACAGGAGAAGAUUUGCAGGAUUUGCCAUACCCCUGGUGAUUCUGAAAACCCACUUCCGUAUCCUUGUGCUUGUUCUGGGAGUAUGAAAUUUGUUCACCCAAAAUGUCUCCUUCACUGGAUGAAGCAACGCAACACUUUUGAAUACGAGGUGUGUAAACAUAAAUUGCAUGUAUAUCGUGUUUAUGCUGAGAAUACUCCAACAAGACUACCUCUCAGAGAAUUUGUGGGUGGGAUUUCAGUGAAAGCAUGCCUUGUUCUGCGUUUCUGUGUGCGAUUUUGUUUUUCAGUUUUUCACCAACACCUUAUGGUACCCUUACUUGCAUUUUGGAUGUGGCGUUUGAGUUUAGUGAGUAGCCUUACUGAAGCAAAAGAAUUAUUUGUUCAUAGUCACGUGUCUCCUUCAACAGCUAUAAUGGACUGGUUGUAUGGCAUUGUAAUCUGCCAUGUCAUAUAUAUGAUGUGGUUGUGUGGCAUUGCUUUAAUAACAGAAGAUGAAGAGCAUGGGAAGGUUGAGGUUGAAGAUCAUGUUGCAAUAGCUCCGGCACCAGGUAACGAAAAUGAUCAUAUUGCUGAUAAAAUUGGUGAAAAUGCUGGGGAACCUCAAGCUAUUGCUGGUGUCAGAAAUGACAAUAAUUUCGCACCGGGGUUACGAUUGUUGGUAUGGUGGUUGAAAUUGUUGGUGGGUCGCCUUUGCCGGUAUCUUCGUAGACUGAUGAUUAAUAGCUUCAGGCUUGAUGUUCCUCUACGACGGACUGGUAUUUAUAUGGUCUGAGCAUCUUAUAUUUUCUGAUUAGCAAUCUUGUGCUGAUACGGAUGCCGUUCUGGUUAGGGCGAAUUAUUCUGCAUUGUCUUUCAUGGCUUUUCUUUGUUGCUUCGUCGAUUUUCAUGCCAUUUAUAGAAUCAGCACUCUAUAUAAAAAAUAACUCACUGAAGAAUGCAUCACAUUCCGUAACAAAUUUAUCUGUUGAAAUUCAGAAUAAUGGCCUGCUUUCAUGUGCUGUAGAAGUGGUUGCUGAAACCUUGACUGCAAACAGUACUGGAGCAGGAGAAGCUAUAAGCAGUGUUGGCAAGCCACUUUUAGUGUACCAAAGCUCAGGCCUUUAUUAUGUUACUACUCUUGCUAUUGGAUAUGUGGUCGUUGUGCCUUUGGUCUUUGUUUGCCUUGGUAUCCCUAUUAGAACUGUUGCGUCAAAGAUACGUUACUAUCUGAGGAAAUUCCCGACUACAAUGAUACAUUCAUUCGUUUUGAUAAUUCAUCUUGGGGUUAUUCCUUUGCUGUAUGGCUGGUGGUUAGAUGUUUGUACCAUUACAAUGCUUGGGAAGUCAGUUUCUGAUAGGGUAGAAUUCUUUUCGAAAUUCCCUUUAUUAAGCUCUUCAUUGCAUUGGGUGAUAGGAAUCAUAUACAUGUGCCAGAUAAACAUUUCUAUAGCCAAGUUCGAAGGGUUUUGCGUAGAGAAGUUCUCUACUUUCUUCAUGAUUUAGCAGAUCCAAUCAGCAUCAUUUUAGGUGUACUUGUCGAUGAGGUCCAAGUUAGACAAUUGUUCUCCAUUGCCGUUAAUGGCAUUUUGAUAGUAUCUCUAGUAUAUUUUCCAGGUGUACUGGCCAUGCGAUUAACACCAACUAUCUUCCCACUGCAUAUUUCUGUACCUGACCCAUUCACUGAGAUUCCUGUAGUCAUGCUCCCGCUUCAGAUAUGCUUACGUUAUGCUAUUGAACUGUGGGGAACAGUUGAAGCUCUUCUCCAUCAAUGGGUUACUGCAGUUUGCUGCUUUCUUGGCUUAAGUGGUUUCUUGUUUUCUAGACCUGAGGACAUUGGUGGGCAGGAGAAUGUGAAAGUAGAAAAGCGGCAGGACAGAUCGCGUGAUGGACUCAUUGCUGGUCAAGAUCCAAACGAAAAUAUUGUAACCUCACAGAAUUUUGAUGGCGUGGAAAAGAUUGUUAAUGGCUAUACUUUUGUACUUCGUGUUGUGUUGUUGGUCGUUCUCGCGUGGAUAACGUUGCUCCUCUUCAAUUCAUCCUUGAUAAUAGUAUCCCUGCAACUAGGACGUGCAGUGUUCAGUUUUAUUUCUAAUCUCCCAAUAACUCAUGGCAUCAAGUGCAACAAUAAUGUACUCUCUUAUAUCUAUGCGUUCUUUAUCGAAGUUUUUUCCAUCUGGACUUCUUUCACUGGAGCGAGAUACUUCAUCGAGCACUUUAAAGCAGGGAAAGUGCAUUUACGGUUCAGGGAUAUCUGCAAGUUGCUUUGUCUUAUCGCCGAGAGUUGGGUUCUAUCAUCACUUUGGAUCAUUGUUAUUCCAGUGUUAAUCGGGCUUCUAUUUGAGUUUUCUUUCAUGCUGCCAAUUCGAGCAUUGGUGGUUGAAGCCCCUGUUUUACUCUUGCAUCAGGAUUGGGCAGUGGGGAUCUUCUUCUUUAAGCUGUGGAGGACACUGGUUUUGCUGAACCAUAGGAUUGUUCUGGUGGAUGAAAGUUGGCGGAUUAGGUUUGAGAGGGUGAGAGGUAUUGGUUUCGUGAAGCUUCCACGGAAUUGGAUGCUGCAGGAGUUACUGAUCCCAAUCAUUAUGAAUCUGUCAAUGUCUCUCUGUUUUCCCUAUGUUAUUGCCAGAUGGAUAGUCCCCUCGCUUGGUUUCUCGGACAUAGUGAACUCAACUAUCUAUCGGUUUACUUGGUUAGCCUAUGUGACCAUAAUUGUACUGUUUUCAUGUGCCAAAAGAUUUACUGUUUGGAUCAUCAACCUUCACAAUUCUAUGCGAGACGACCGUUAUUCUGGUUUGGGGCCGCAAAAAUUUUUGGUGAAGCAGCAUCACAAUGCCAAAAGGAGUUUUGAUAAGUUGGUCAGAUGGUUAUCAGAGUCUCAAAGACACUAGUGUGUCGGAUACAUUUGGAUUUAGCGUCAUCAAGGAAGAUUCCCUUAAAAUCUAAGGUGAGCUGUUUAACUGCUAUGUUCUUUUGUUUUCUCGGCAGGUACAGUUCUUUUCUUGAUGGGAUAACUUUGAGAGAAGAUCAGGUGAUUUAAUUUGCCUAAAAUUGUUAAAUAAUCUCCACCGUAUUGCUUGUAAAUAUUCAGAAUAGGUGCUUACGCCUAGUGAGUAGGAUUUUCAGUACGAAAGGAAGGUUUCAGAACUAGUUUUGUUUCUCAUUUUGAAGUUUUUUUUUUUAUAACAUAUUGUACUAGAGAUUCUAGCAGGAUA